AUGGAAACACCAGGUCCGCUACACCCCCCCACUCCCCAUCGCGUCUCCUCCAAUGAUGGGGGCUACAAAUAUCAGCUCGUUGAGCAUCUUCAGACCCGCGUCACAGAGGAGCUGGCUCACGCAUGGGUAGAAGAAGACAAAGAUGCUUUGCCACUUCAGAGACGCCUCGAAAGCCUCUACGAGUCGGCCCAGCUCCCAUCCGAGGAGACAAUCACCGCUUGGCUUCGCUCCUACGCAAAUUACGACUUCGAACACGAAAAUUGGAAGGAGAUUCCUCCCCGGCCGAGCAUCGAAAAUGAGCUUUACUCACCGACGGUCUCGUUGCUCAACGAUAUCAUCUCGGAAUUCCACCAGUCCGAGCAGGAAGAAGGUGGCAUCGUCCUUAAACGGCGUCUGGCCAGGGACACUCACCGCACCUGUGUUCCUCACAACGCCGAAGAUGCAAAGGAGAAGACUCUCCACAGCCAGCCGGACAUCUCUAUUCUCCUUACUGGCGGAUGCGCUACCCCUUCUGCCGACUUCCCGCUGAGUAUUUUAUACUCUGAUAUUGGGGAGGUCUACGACAACAAACUCAACCCCACCUUCGGCAAAGCAGAGCGGGCCCAAAUGGCUGUUUAUGCUCGCGAAAUCUUCGUCCAACAGCCCCAUCGGAUCUUCGUCCGCGUCAAUAUUAUCACCCCAAAUUUCAUUCGCGUCUUACAUUUCGACCGCGGCGGUUGCUACUAUUCACAGCCUAUUGACUACCACACCAAGGAAGGCGCAGUGUUCUUCGUCAAACUGGUGCUUCUGGGAAGCGCAUUCGACGAGGCUCUUAUCGGAUUCGACACCUCCAUUUAUUGGGAGAACAACAUCCGUCGAAUGAAGGUCAUUCCUCCCCAAAUCUACGACAAAGAGGCACGAAAAUGGCGCAAAAACGAGGCCAACGUCCCAUACAUCUUCGACGUUGAGCCCAAGCCAAUUUUUGCUCGUCGAACGAUCCGAUCUCGAGCGACCGUCUGUUGGCGCGCAACAUACGAAGGCGUUUCGUAUGUCAUCAAGGACUACUGGCGCGGUGAUGGGCGAGUUUACGAGUCGGAAAUCCUCCAAGACCUCGUUGGCAUUGCUGGAAUUGGUCAAAUGCUCUUCUACGAGAACGAUCGCUUCUCGGUGACGGGACUCCGAGGUUUUUCGGACGGAGAGGCAAUGAAGCACGACGGGAUCCCCUCCUCUGAUGGUCCUGCCACGGUGACCAACCGAUUCUUAAUGCGUAUCGUGGUUGUCGAAUAUGGUGGGACGCUAGAGACUGCUGUUUGUCCUCACCAAUUUCUGUGUGCGGUUCGCGACAUCGUCAAAGGUCAUCGCGCAGCAACCCUUCGUUUAGCCGAGGAGAAAAGAGUGCUGCAAAGCGACAUCAGCCUGCUGAAUUUGCGCCUUGCAUACGAUAAACCUGACGAAUGUGGUGUUAUCAUCGACUGGGACCUCGCGAAACGAAUGGCGCGUUUGAUUGCGGGGACAGGCGAAGCUUUGGACUUCAGAACGGGCACACAAAUAUACCAGUCCGUCCGAGUUCUUCGCGGAGACGACCAGCGUCUUUUGCACAUCGAGCCCAUUGACGACCUCGAAUCUAUCUACUACGUCAUGUGUCAGGUUCUCCUUGAAUAUGGCGAGGACGGUAAAGCAUUGGCCAGCCCUUCACUGUUUCAAGCAUGGCUUAAGAGCCCGGAUAAUGAAAACCUGGCAAAGCUCAAGGAUCUGUUUCUGAAGGACGACCUGAACCUUUCGGUUACCCGUUUCCCACAGGACGCCAACCUACUAUUCUCGGCCAUGUGGGGACUUCAUGAAUUCCUUCGUGAACGAAUCUUUGCCAUUACGAAGGCAACACACUUCCUACGACCAGUGCCCCUCCCAACGUAUCAUCCCGAUCGGGCGGAGACGGAGUACGAUAGAUUCCUCUCUCCGAUUGAGCAAGCUAUCGCAGAUUUGGAACAACAGGGCGCCGCUGGGCCCUACUCCCGACCAUCUCGCGCAAACAUCACUCUUGACUUUGCACCCAACGACAUACCCUCUAACCGUUACAAGCGCAAACAGCCAGACUUCCCAGUGGACGAGUCACCGAGCAAGCGCCAGUCAACCUCAGCUUCGCACACUUCUCAACGGCCGACCCGCACAAAAAAAACCGUCAAUUAUCACGAGCCAGACACUUCAGAGGAGGAGACUUUGGUAUCGGAAAAGCCCAAGCCCUUGGCUGAACGAUUGAAAUACGAACAGAAACGGAGUUUGAAGGGAAAAGGCAAACAAGCAUAA